AUGGGGAUAAAGCACCUUCUGCUUCUUUUGAUUUACUUAGACCCGCUGAAUGUCCUGUGCGCCGCCACCAACAAUAAAAAGAGCAAAACCCCGCCGAGGAGGAACCCAAAGGUGAAGGAGGUCAACGGCAGUACCACUGCGGUCCCGUUGGCCGCGGCCGUUCCGGGGAAGAUCACCCAGGUCCAGGCUCCCUCGGUCCAACACGACACCUGCCUGGGCUACUACGACGUGAGCGGGCAGUACGACAAAGAGUUCUCCUGCAACAACACCGACCACCGCUUCUGUUGCGGCUCCUGCUUCCUGCGCUUCUGCUGCGCGGACCGGGGGAAGCGGCUGGAGCAGAAGAGCUGCACCAACUACAACACGCCGGACUGGAUCAAAACCCAGCCCCCUUCACCGGCGCCAACAGGUGACACGUACGACCCAGAGCUGGACCAGACGAACACCACGGUGUACAUCACCUGCGGGGUCAUAGCGCUCAUCAUCGCCAUUGGGAUUUCUGCCAAAGUUGCCUAUGAUAAAGCCACCAAGCCCCCUCAGGAAAUGAAUGUGCACAGAGCCCUGGCAGACAUUCUGAGGCAACAAGGACCAGUUCCAAUUUCUCAGUAUGAUAAUGAAAACACUGCAGCAAUUGAUGGGUCGCCCAAAGACGAGACACCUGUCAGGACCUCGAAGAAUCAUUAUACACCUGUUCACACCAAGGCAUCAAACCACGGGCAUUAUGGGAAAGAAAACCUCCGCAGCGGAGGUCAAGACAUGCACAACUUCAUCUCCUCUGGGUUUGUGACACUCGGACGUGGCCACUUGAAAGCGCAGCACUCCAUAGACGAAUCGGGGCAGAUGUCCUGGCAGGGCGACCUGGACAUCCCCAUCUCCUACGGAAACCAUCACCACGACUACCAGCACAGCCACCUGGAUCUGACUGCGCUCACACCUAAGCUAGCCCACAGACAAAUGAGAUACGAGAGACCCCAGCGGAUGAACAACAUCCUGACCUCAGCCACGGAGCCCUACGACCUGUCCCUCUCCAGAUCCUUCCAGAACCUCAGCCAUCUGCCGCCCUCCUACGAGCUGGCCCUCAAGUCUGACUUAAGUAAAUACUCCUCCUCCCUCCACAGAUUAAGUGAUAAGGAUGUAGAUGAGUACUACACGAGGAAGCAUCAUCAUCCUGAUUUUGGUGGCCGGGGACCAACCCACAUGGUGAAGCUGAAUGCAGAUCCCCAGCAGCAUCAGCAACACCAGCAGCAUCAGCAUCAGCAGCGGCAGCGUCCCCGCCGAGUCCAGAGGGCCAUGUCCCAGGACCAUGUCCUGUCUCCUCCCAGGACACCGCGUCGAGGAGAUUACGGCUUAUCUUCGUAUGGUGUCAUGGCGGCCGCUGCAUACAGCAGCAGUCGCCACCUGUCAGACGAGCAGCUACUGUCAGCCGACCGCCUCCACUCCCAGGAUCCCUUGCUGUCCCCGGCGAUGAGGCGUGACAAGUUCCGGGAGAAGGCGAUGGCACGGGCAAUGUCUCACGCCGACAUGCUGCUGCCAAUCACGCCUGUCAUGGACCGCCACAAGAUGACCAAGAUGCACUCUCAACCCAGUGCCUCUAACGACUCCUACAACACGCUGACGGUCAACCAUCAAGCGAGCACGUCAAAGAGGCAGGCGUUUGCCUCACGACGAACACACACGGUGGACCACCUACAGUACAUUCCCGGCCACCACCACACAUACCGCACUGCCAGUAAGAACGAGGUAACUGUUUAACCGCAGAAUGGUCAGCUGAAGGGUUUCUGAGACACACCAAUGACGUCAAAAGAAAUCGCUCAUAUCAGCAAGUCUCCUAAGCAGAGGUGUUCUGUCCUCUUAUUUAAACAACCUCCUACAUUAAAACUCUUCCUGCUUUUUAGCACAAGCUUCCUGUGUCAUCCAGAUUUUGGGAAACUAGAAGCAACCCCGGCAAAGACACUUCUCUCUUAGAGCAUCAUAAGGGCUUUGCGCGUUGACACAAAGAGGGAUCCUUCAUGUUAGACGUUUGACAGCAAGAAGAAACUAUUUUUUAAAUUGGACAUGAGA